AUGAAGCUCGUGUGCUCCUCCGCUGCGAUUGUUGGCUUUGCAGCCAUGGCGCACCUGGUCUCCGCCAUCCCCAUGUCUACAGCAGACCCUUCCACGACGGCGGCCAACGUGGCAUCGGCCACACAAGGAGUUGCCGAUGAACAGCCCCUGGCAAACGCCUACUCGCACUUCGGAGAUUUCUCUGCGCGAUGUAACGCCUGCCUGAACAAGUGCCUUAGCAGCCGUGGCUAUGAUGCGAAGUGCGCGGAUCAGUGCUUCAAGCAGAAAAUUUGCUAG